AUGAGUGUCACCUCCCCGGGGACACUGGGACUGGGGAUUGUCACCUCCCCGAGGACACUGGGAAUGAUGAUGGUCAUCUCUCCGGGGACAUGGAGUGUCACCUCCCUGGAGACCAGUGACUGUCACCUCUCUGGGACUGCCACGCCCACCACACCCUUCUAUGACCACGCCCACCGCCGCGCCUAUCUAGGCCCCGCCCCUGGUUUAAACCACACCCUCAAUGCCACACCUCCUCCUAAAAGCCCCGCCCCCCGCAGCCGGCUCGGUCUCAGCCGGGGCGGCCCCGCAGGGACCCGGGUUCGAGUCCGGGCUGGGCUCGGGGGGUCCUGGUGGGGGUCCCGCCUCUGCCGGGGGCCGGGGCCGGGGUCGGAGCCCCCUCCCGAGGUGGGGCGGGGGGCGAUGGCGGGACGAGCGGCGGCGCUGCUGGUGGCCGUGCUGGGCGCGGGGGCCGCGGGGCUGAGCCUGGAGCCGGUGGUUUGGCACACGGGGAACCGGCGGUUCCUGGAGGACGGUGGCUACGUGCUGUACCCCCAGAUCGGUGACCGCCUGGACCUGGUGUGCCCGGGGGGCGCGGGGGGUUCUCAGUACGAGUACUACAAGCUCUACCUGGUGGGCGGGGCGCAGGCGCGGCGCUGCCAGGUGCCCCCCGCCCCCACCCUGCUGCUCACCUGCGACCGCCCGCAGCGCGACGUGCGCUUCACCAUCAAAUUCCAGGAGUUCAGCCCCAACCUCUGGGGACACGAGUUCCGCCGCCAGCACGACUAUUACAUCAUCACCACCUCAGACGGGACCCCCGAGGGGCUGGAGAACCGACAGGGCGGGGCCUGCCUGACCCGGGCCAUGAGGGUCACCCUGCGAGUGGGACAGCGUGAGUGACCCCUCCCCCACCCCGCCCCUCCCCCACCAUCCCCUUCCUCACCCUCCCCUCCCCCCCAAUCCAGGCCCCGGGGAGGAGCCGCUGCCGGACCAAGACUGGACAGGUUCAGCCAAUCAGACGAGCCCACCCGGGCCGGGCCCUCCCCCCGC